AUGGCAGCAAACGAUGUCCCAUGUUGUGAAACGAUGUUUUGGGUGUAUCUAGUGAUAUGCAUCGCGCUUGUUUGUUUCGCAGGACUCAUGUCUGGCCUUACUCUAGGACUGAUGUCUCUCAGCCUAGUUGAUCUCGAAGUCCUCAUCAAAGCUGGCAAGCCAGAAGACAGAAAGAACGCUGAAAAGAUUCUUCCUAUUGUCAAGAAUCAGCACUUGUUGCUCUGCACACUCCUCAUAUGUAACGCCCUAGCCAUGGAGGCACUUCCUAUUUUCGUCGACUCUCUUCUCCCCGCCUGGGGUGCUGUGUUAAUCUCAGUUACACUCAUACUCGCAUUUGGAGAGAUUAUCCCUCAAGCUGUGUGCUCCCGAUACGGAUUGAACAUUGGUGCCAGGCUAUCAGUAGUGGUUCGACUGCUAGUCAUAAUUGUUUUUCCUAUAUCAUACCCCAUCAGUAAGCUUUUGGACUUGCUGCUUGGGAAGGGGCACUCUGCUCUGCUGAGGCGUGCGGAGCUGAAAACACUUGUCGAUAUGCAUGGAAAUGAGGCAGGAAAAGGGGGUGAAUUGUCCCACAAUGAAACAACCAUUAUCUCUGGAGCACUAGACUUGACUGCAAAGACAGCGAAAGAUGCAAUGACACCAUUAUCUUCAGUAUUUUCUCUAGAUCUUAAUGCUAAACUCGACAAUGACACAAUGGGUCUAAUAUUGAGCAAAGGGCAUAGUCGGGUGCCUGUCUACUUGGGAAGCCCGGCUAACAUUGUUGGGCUUGUACUGGUAAAGAAUCUAAUAAAGAGCCGUCCAGAAGAUGGAACUCCAAUCAGAAAUCUAACCAUAAGAAGAAUACCAAGAGUUCAUGAGUGCCUACCACUGUACGACAUACUAAACCAAUUCCAGAAAGGGCAAAGCCAUAUGGCCGUAGUGGUUAAGAGCACUACUCCCCUGAAUGAUGUUAUAGAGAGUGCAAGUUCAAAAUCAAAUUCAGCACAGAGACAAACAGACAGAACCAUUAAUGUCGAUUGUUUAGUUUCUACCCCUCAUAGAGAUGAAGAAGUUCUUGGCAUAAUAACAAUGGAGGACGUUUUAGAAGAACUACUUCAGGAACCAAUAUAUGAUGAAACUGAUGAUUAUGUUGACUUGCAUAACCAAAUUAAAAUCAAUCUGAUUACUAAUGGGAAAAUGUCAUCACAAUCUCCUGGAAAGCUACGUACCCCAACAGCUUCUCCCUAUUCUUCAAGCCAUCAAACUCCAUUUUCAUACCACCAGACAGCUAUGACGCGCUCCCCCCUCUCUCCCUACAUUCAAUCGCCUAUUAGCAGGCCACAUAUUUCAUCUUCCACUGGAAACUCUGCACCGGCUUCUCCAGCUGGAAUCAAGCAUCCUCAGGGCUCUCCCUCUAUCUACAAUCAGGCUCAACGAAAAUCAUACGAGAAGUUUAGAAGGCUUGACCAUCCAUAACUUAUCGUCUUCUUAAGAUUGAAAUAAGCAGCGAAUUGAUCAUUAAUUCUCCUAUGACCGUCUGAUUCGUCUGCAAGCCUCACUGGAUGCACAUGUUUUGCCCCACUUACAAAUUGAUCACACUCCUUGAUCAUCUAAACCAAAUCUUCUACUUGUAAGUGGCAAUGUGCUACCAGAGUAAUCACUAUGUGUUCCCCAUCUCCAUUGUAUUUGUUGUAUACAAGAACUACCUGUCUAUGAAUGGCGGAAUAUAGCAGAGUUUUUGCCCAA